AUGACAGCGACGUUUGCCGUAUAUACAACCCUUCUCGUCCUCAUCCGAGUCUCUGCCGAAUACGCGACGAAUUUGUUCCCAGAUUCGGAGCUCGAGAGCAUCCUCGCAGAUCCCCAGGAUGUCGCCAACAGGGUAUACGGGAGCAAGAUUGUCAUUGGGCUGGAGCAGUGCAUGCUCGUCUCAACCUGGGGCGUGAAGACCUGUCUCGUGGCCAUGUACUGGAAGCUCACGAGUCGGCUUCCAUGGCAUAUAUUCGUCCAGAUCCUCGCGGGGUACGUUGCGCUCGGGUUUAUUGUGAUUGAGAUCACCUACUUUGCCGUUUACUGCCGUCCGUUCUCGCAGUACUGGGCCGUCCCCGUUGACAACCCGCAAUGCGCAACGUACCAGCACUAUUCGAUCACACAGGCGGUCUUCAACCUGUCCUCGGACGCCUGGAUGCUGGCCAUCCCCGUUCCCCUGCUAAAGGGAUCGCAGAUGCCCCUCAAGAAGAAACUCCUGCUCAUCAGCGUCCUGGGUCUCGGUGUCUUUGUGAUGAUCGCCGCCAUACUGAACAAAUACUUCAACUUUGCCGCGCCCGAUACGACAAUUUACCAGCUGUGGUACAUUCGCGAAGCCAGCACGGCCAUCUAUGUGGCCAACCUCAUGUGCUGGUGGCCCCUGCUCCGAAAGAUCUUCGGCAAGGCCCUCUCGCAGUACAGCAGCAACUACCGCACAAAUCGCUACGGCGACCCAUCGCACCAGUCGGGCGGGCUGUCGCAGCAACUGGGCUCCGUGGUUGCUAAUGCUAGCGCUAAAGGCACACAGGCGUCUACGGCGGGAAAGAAGGGGUCGAAGCGAUGGUGGAAGGGGGCAGUGUCGCAUUCGCGAUCAGAGUCCAAGGUGCUGGCCACGUCGGCCAGCCAAGAGGCGAUCAACAACGAUUCCGGCGGCCGGGAAUCGCAGACGGAUGUGCCGCUGGAGAUUUGGCGCAAGGUGGAGUAUAAUGUGGAACAGAAUCCGGAUCCGAAGCCUUGA